GUCGCAGGAUUACAUUGUCUUGGCAGGUAGUAAAGGUCGCUCAGCCUCUGUAGCUGUGGGCUCGCCAACCCCAGGAGCAUUGCUGACGGCCUUGGGUGGACAGAGAGCUAUUGGAACCAGGGUACCGGCGGGCGGAGCGGAAGUCCCUCCCCUGCCAUCUUUCUGGUACCCACACACCCGCAGAUCUGUACUGGCACAAGAGGACCUCCCUAGCCUUGUGACACUUUAGCAGGGACAGUUUUGAGGAAGCGCGGGCGCAGACGUAGUGUCCGCUGCGCCGCGUGCGUGCGCUGUCCCAUCAGGAGCUCCUGCGAGCAAAACGGAAGUGCCUCUGCCACCCGCUCUCUUCCGGCACGCUGCUGUCAAAUCAGCUGAGGAAGCCCGGGGCGACUGACCCUCCGUGGCCGUGAGCCGCCGCGGGGCUCAUGGAGGCCCUGGGAGCAGACAUGAAGUCACUUGAGGCAGCUGAACAAAUCACAUCUGAAGUCAGAAGAAGAAUGUAGUGAAUGCGGGCGAUGUUCUGCCAUUUUCUCCAUUUCAUACAGCCCAGAGUACAGCCCAGAGUCCCCUGCCCAGAGGAUGGUCACCGACAAUGAAAAUGAAUCAUCUCACAUCAGUGAACAUAAUCAGAAUAAAUCCCUCCAGGUGUGCCAAGAUGCCCAUCCACCCAACACCGACCAUUACAUAUAAACAUGAUCUGGGAUCCCAGGCUGAAUGAAAAAGGAAAAAGGAAGAGUUCAAGUGGAAACCAGCAUUCCCUGCUCUGUUUUCUGAUCUUUGCCGAUUUGGAGUCCCUACUGCACGAUCCUACCCCCAUGACUUCUGCCAUGACCUUACCCCAGUGAUAGGCUCUACCCUUUCAAGACUUGAUCCAAAGUAAACCUUACUUCUCGAGACUUGCUCUUUACUCAGUGUUGAGGAAAGUCAUUUAUACAAAGUUGAAAGGGCUCUGUGACCUUUGAAGAUGUGGCUGUAAACUUCACUGUGGAGGAAUGGGCUUUACUGGAUCCCUCCCAAAAGAAGCUGCACAGAGAUGUGAUGGAGGAGACCUUCAGGAACCUGGCUGCCAUAGGAAAAACACAAGAAGACCAGAACAUAGAUGAUGACCAUAGAUAUUCUAGAAGAAAUCAAAGAAAUGGAGUUGUGGAAAGACUGUUGGAAUGCCACAAAGGCUGUGAGUGUAAAGCAAUCUUCGGACAGAUUCCAGACACCACAGGAAACAGGAAAACUUCUCACAGGACAGUGCUUUGUGAAAACCAUGUGUACAAGGACAACAUGCUCAUCAGUCACGCGUCUCUUAAUGUAUCUGUACCUCUUCAGACUGCACACAAACCUCCCGCCUAUGAGCUCUGUGGAGAGAACCUGUACACAUUUGGAGAAUGUGAGAAAGCCUUCAUUUAUCCAGAAUGCCUUCUGAAGCAUGAAGACAGUGACAGCAGACAGAGAUCCUGUGAGUUUAACCAGUGUGGGAAAAUCUUCAAAAGUAGUGAUCACAUUCAAAUGCGUGCUAGUGAUGAAACUAGGGAGGAAAUGUGCAUAAGUAAGCAGCAUGGCGAUGCCUUUCCUUAUCCUGAUUUUCUUCAGUAUGUUGAAAAGAUCUACACUGGGAAAAAACCCUAUGCGUGUAAACAAUGUGGGAAAACCUUUUCUUUUUUGAGCAACAUUAGAAGACAUGAACGAACUCACACUGGAGAGAAGCCGUACAGAUGCAAUACAUGUGAUAAGGCUUUCACUUGUUUGACUAACUUUCAAGAACAUGAAAGAACUCACACUGGAGAGAAACCCUAUUUAUGUACACAAUGUGGUAAAGCCUUUUCUUUUCUGAGUAACAUCCGGAGACACGAACGAACCCACACUGGAGAGAAGCCGUACAGGUGUAAUAUCUGUGGUAAGGCUUUCAGUUAUUUGACAAACUUUCAAGACCACGAGAGAACUCACACUGGAGAAAAGCCUUACGUGUGUACGCAGUGUGGGAAAGCUUUCACUUACUACUAUUCCUUUCAGACACAUAAACGAUGUCACACCGGCGAAAAGCCUUACGUAUGCAAGCAAUGUGGGAAAGCCUUCAGUUAUUACAAUUCCAUUCAAACACAUAAGCGCUGUCACACCGGAGAGAAGCCCUACGUAUGUAAGCUGUGUGAGAAAGCCUUCACUACCCUCAGUUCUCUUCGAUAUCAUGAGAGGAUUCACAGUGGCGAGAAGCCCCAUGUGUGUUUGCAAUGCGGGAAAGGUUUCAAUUCUUCUAGCACCCUCCGAAUUCAUGAGAGAACUCACACUGGGGAGAAACCCUAUAAAUGUAAGCAGUGUGGGAAAGUCUUCAGUGUUGACAGUUCCCUCCGAUGCCACGAAAGGAUUCACAGUGGGGAGAAGCCCUAUGUAUGUAAGCAGUGCGGAAAAGCCUUCACUCGUCAUACCUCCCUUCGGUGCCACGAAAGGAUCCACUGUGGGGAGAAACCCUAUAAAUGUAAGCAGUGUGGAAAAGGUUUCAUUUCUUCCAGUAACUUUCGAAAACAUGAGUGGACUCAUUCUGGAGAGAAACACUGUGUAUGUAAAUUGUGUGGUAAAGCCUUCACGGGUCAUGGUUCCCUUCGACGCCACGAAAGAAUUCACAGUGGAGAAAAGCCCUAUGUGUGUAAGCACUGUGGGAAAGGUUUCUCUUCUUUGAGUGGCUGUCAGAGACAUGAACAAAUUCACACUGGUGAGAAACCCCAUGUAUGUAAGAGUUGUGGGAAAGCCUUUACUAAUCCCAGUGCCCUCCGAAACCACGAAAGGAUUCACAGUGGUGAAAAGCCCUGUGUAUGUGAGCAGUGCGGGAAGGGUUUCAUUUCUUUUAGUAAGUUUAGAAUACAUGAACGGAUUCACACUGGAGAAAAACCGUACAAAUGUAAGCAAUGUGGAAAAGCCUUCACUGGUCACAGUUCCCUUCGACGUCAUGAAAGGAUUCACAGCGGAGAGAAACCUUUUGUAUGUAAACAGUGUGGGAAAUCCUUUUAUACUUUAAGUGAUUGUCAGAGACAUGAACAAAUUCACACUGGUGAGAAACCUUUCAUUUGCAAGCAGUGUGGGAAAGCUUUUACCCGGUCCAGCUCCCUUAAAAUACACGAGAAGACUCACAGUAGAAGAAAUUCCUAAGUGUAGAACACGUCAUUCUUAGCAUGACAGUGCGUAGGGCAGAGAACCAGGGCCAUGUUGUCUGCAGGAAUGCCUCUAGUCAUCUUGGUGGUAGUCACAAACAUAAUAGCUCAUACCAUAGCGGCAAGUUCCCACAUGAUGUCAAGAGAGACACAUACCUUAAACGGAUGUAUAUAGAAGUCUUCAGUUGGCCAACCUCUGAGAAGGUACCCAGUAUCAAAAGUUGUUUAACAAAGUUAUCAAAACAGUUCACAAAGCUUUAUGAAAAUCCCUGAAGUAACAGAAUUCAUUAGUCCUUUUUAAGAUCCCAGUGAAUAAACAUUAAGUGGUCAGUAAUUCAGAAGAUAAAUCUCUAGAAUGUUUACUUCUAAUUUUGGCUCCUAAUCUCUGAGCGUCUUUAAGCAGUAAGGCGUGGAUUUAAUGGGCUGUGUCUUUACACAUCAUGUCUAUUCCUUCUCUUCUUGUGUUGGAUACAUAGAUGUAUCCCUGAUAUGUUUUUAGAGUAAUGUUAAUGAGCUGUUGAAAAAUGAAGUUUUAUUUUUAGGCCUUCUCUAUUGAUAUCAUGUGGGAGCUUCUUUUUGAUAUUUUUGUUUUUGCCUUAUUUUUGUCUUGUUGGAUUUUCUUUUGAGACGGGGUUUCUCUGUGUAGCCAUGGCUAUCCUGGUUCCAUAGACCAGGCUGGCAUCAAACCUUGAGAUCUACCUGCCUCUGCUUCCCAAGUGCUGGAAUAAAGGUGUGUGCCACCAUGCUGGGCUUUAUCCUUGAUGUUUAUACUGUAUCUUUUCUAUUCUUUUCAUUGUUGCCAAACACUUGAAACAACUUAAUAGGGGGAGAAUGUCUUCCCUUUGACUCUCAGUUCAUCGUGGCAAGAAAGUCAU